AUGGCAAGAGUCUUCAAGGAAAAACCAAACAUCAGCUAUGAAGAUGAUGCCACAUGCUCACCAUCGAAUGUUCCUUCUUCAUUUUCUACUACUCCGUACGAGACGGUUGUUUCAAAAAAAGUAACCAGCCGCAAAACUCCGUAUAGUUACGUAGUUUCAGAAACAAGUCACAGAGUUACAUCUUUCAGCAUUCACAAAUCUGAUGAAAAUACUAACAAUAAUCGUGAGAAGGACAAUUUUGAAACAUUGGAUUCUUUGAAAACUUGUUCAAAAUCAAGCCGGAGCAAGCAAACUGUGUCUACCUACGUGUCCAGAUCACUAACUGAAAGCAUCUCUUUUUAUACAGACGUCAAUUUUAACACCAGCCGAAAAGAAAAUAGAAAAGACAUCAAAACACCAACAACCACUUCAAGCGAUUCGAGUAAAAGUUCUGGAAAAGAGAGUUUAUCAGGUUCGUCAUCUAGGAGCGAAGAUGGAAAAACUGCUGGCAAAAGAAAAGCAAAGAGAAUUUGUAGUGAAAUAAGAGUGGAUGAGAUUUCAUUGGUAUAUGACAGCAAGAGAAGUGACGAUUCGCUUUUAAAGAGCAGCGACAAAUUAACUUUUAAGAAGGAUGCGAAAAAGAUUGGCUACAAUAAAAAUGCUGAUGUUCCGCCGUCAAGAGAAAGGAAAUGCAAGAAAAAAGCCUUGAAAGAAUCAAAAUCAUUGAAGAGAGUGAAUGUUUCCACAUCGGUUUCAACUUUCAAAACUGAAUCCACGAAAUCACCAGGUGCCAGCUCCAUCGGUUCCUACAUUUAUUCAGAUGCUUCCAGUGAUAUGAUGAUGACGAAACCGAAAUUCAAAAAACUCUAUAAACGUUUCAAGAAAAAAAGAAAAAUGAAAGGAACUAAAAAACCAGAGAAACCCGAAGCAUUAGAUAAACAGAAAAGUGAUGAGAACGGCUCUAAAAGAAAUAAAAGUGAAUCAGAUGCGAACCUUUCAAAACUCCCAAAAAACAAAAAGACCGACGGAACUGAUGUUAAGAAUAGAAAAUGUCCAGCUGAUAAAAAAACAUGUGCCAGAGAUCUAAAAAAAUGUGCUAACGACUCUAAAUCUAACAAUAAGAAUAAAUGUGCCAUAGAGGGUAGCCUUCUUUCAAAAAAAACUUCGAAAGUGCCUCGAGCUAAGACAUCCGAUUUGUCGACAAGGCAAGUUUUUGAUUUUCAUUUUGCUGAGUACAGACUUACGCCAAUCGAGAGCGAUCGAAAUUUUUACAAGUACAAAGACAUUAAUGUAAAAAAUUUAAGUAAAAAAUUAAGUAAAAAUUUGAUGCAGGAGUGUAGAGAUUCAAAAAUCGUAGCUAGAUCAUACGCCCUAAACAAAAUCUCUGGCUCAUUCAAUAACCGUAAUUUGAGUCAACACAAUCGAUUAAAUAUACCCAGCAAUAAAAGUAAAAAAAGCUCAUCAACCACCAGCAAACCAAAUCUCAUCAACACCUUAGUUGACACUUCUAGCAUGAGUAGUCUGAGCUCUCACAGUAGUUCAUCUUGUUCUUCCACUACAAAUCCUUCCCUACUCAGCUCCAAUUCAGAUUCCUAUUCUAGUUGUACAUCUGUCGAAACAAUUAAAAAUGGAAAAAAAGGAAAAAACAAUAAGACACAUAGCAAUCGUAAUGCCUCAAGUUCCUCUGCAAAUACUGAUUUAGUAUACAAGGAACUGAUGAGUCAAACCACUUACAGUUUGAAUACUGUGGCCAGCUUAAAGUACCCCACGACGAAACAUUUUUCCAGCAAUCACAAGCAAGUUUCCAGCGAAUCACUCAUGCGCAACAAUAGCAACUCGUUCGAACCGACGCUGGAAAUUGUCGAGAAACAAAUGACUAAAGACGGAAAUAUUGAAGAAUAUUUCAACAUGAGAAGAGAUUUGGAAAUUAUAGUGAAGCAUUUGAAAAAUACAGAACAAAAGAAAAAAUUGAAGCAUUUGAUUCAGAGUUAUUUAGAAGUUAUAAGAGCAGAAAUGAGUCAAUCAGACAAACGUGCAGACGAGAACGAAGAUCCUGUUAAACUUCGCCGUGAUUGGAACAUUCUUUACAAGUUGGUAAUUAGAGAAAUCAAUGAUGAAAUAACCAAGGAGCGGGUGAAACAACUUCUGAGAAAUAUAGCUAACUCGUUCAAAGAUCGUUCUGCUAACAAAACAUCAAACAGCAAAAAUACGCGAAACUCAUCUUCAACGGACAGCAAGAUGUUAUCAAAUAUUUUGCUGACUUCUGAAAAAAAUAAAAUAUAUCCGGUGAAGCCUAAAAAGUCGCACAAGAAAGAUGAUACAGUCUCCACUAAUGUUUCCAACUCGCAAUCAAAAUCUUCAACGAUGCUUACGGAGAACGAAGUGCUCUCGACAUCAAACGCAUCUGCCCUGUCGAGAACGUCGACCGAUCAAACUACACACCAGCCAACAUCUGCGGUCAGCAUUGCAACUGAGAAUGCCAACACGAAUAAAUCUGCUGGUUCGGGUACUCGGAAAGAAAACUUCGACAAAAGUUCCAAAAGCAAUCUGAAUAGUCUGUCGUCCAGAUUUACUCCGAACACUUUCACAAAUUUUUUUUCUAAAAUGAAUCCUUUGGAUAACAAUUCUGCAGAAAAACCUAAAAAGAGAAAUAAAAAUAAUGAUGUUAAUAAUAACAACAACACUAACGAGUCUGAUUCAAGAGUGACGAUAAAUAUGAAAAAACCUUCUAAAAAGAAGUCUUCUCGAUCAAAAGUUGUUUACCACACGUAUUAUUCGAGACAGAAGUCAAAACUUUUCAGGCCCAAAAUGUCAUGCGAAGUUAACAAUAGCACGUAA